AUGCGGAACAGGAGAAUGACGUCAAAAUUCGAUGCCAGGCAGCACGAGAAGGAAGUCGCCAAUCAUUGCGUGGGUGGAUUACCCAGUGUUGAUGAUGGGGCUUUCAAAUACCACAGGGUUUAUCAAGUCACCAAGGCUUCAUUCUCCCCUUCUUCAUCCCCGCCCCUUCGUCACGAACUAGAUCAGCGUCAGAGACGCGGUGACAGUGGGGUGGUUCCCGUGCCUCCCCUGCUCGUCUCUCUCCCCAUGGACAUGUUUCCUGACCUCCCAGCUCAGUUAGCGGUCGCUUCCACCUUCCCUCAGGUAGCGGUGACAGGUGACAUCGAGCUGUUUGCUGAGCCCCCAUCCCUCUCUACCACCAUCCCCACCGCUACCACCAGCACUACCUCUGAUCUCAGCUCAAGCCUUCUGCUCCUCCUCAUCGUCUGCAUACUUUUCCUUCUCCUCGGGAUCCUCCUUGUCCCAGCCCGCCUCGGCAUUUGCUUCUGGCAUCGUCUCUGUUUUCUCUCCUUCACUCGCUCCUCUAAGAGCAGGCGCUUGGUAUUCACCAAGGCUUCAUUCUCCCCUUCUUCAUCCCCGCCCCUUCGUCACGAACUAGAUCAGCGUCAGAGACGCGGUGACAGUGGGGUGGUUCCCGUGCCUCCCCUGCUCGUCUCUCUCCCCAUGGACAUGUUUCCUGACCUCCCAGCUCAGUUAGCGGUCGCUUCCACCUUCCCUCAGGUAGCGGUGACAGGUGACAUCGAGCUGUUUGCUGAGCCCCCAUCCCUCUCUACCACCAUCCCCACCGCUACCACCAGCACUACCUCUGAUCUCAGCUCAAGCCUUCUGCUCCUCCUCAUCGUCUGCAUACUUUUCCUUCUCCUCGGGAUCCUCCUUGUCCCAGCCCGCCUCGGCAUUUGCUUCUGGCAUCAGCAGGCGCUUGGUAUGUGA